AUGGCCUCUGCCGUCACUCAGGCACAGGAUGUCAUCACUUGCAACAUUUGUAUCAAACCUGUCCAGCAAUUUUGUAACAGCUGCCAAGUCGGUCUGUGUGAAGACUGCAUCAACAAACAUGUCAACAAUCUCAAGUCCAUGAAGCAUGACAUUGUUCCUUUCACAAAGCGUACAGUACAGCUUGUCUUCCCUCAGUGUACAUCUCAUUCCCACCAGAGAUGUGAGGUUCACUGUCAACAGUGUGAUGUCCCGGUCUGCAUAAAAUGUCUCACAGGUCUACAUCAGGAUCAUGAGGUUGUGGACAUAGCAGUCAUCAUUGCAAUGAAGAAAGAAAUUAUCAAAAGAGAAGCAGAAGAAAUUGAGGUCAUCAUUUCCAAACACGCAGCACAAGAAGCAUAUGCUGAAAACAAAAUUUCUAAAACUAUCACUCAUUUUGCAGCUCUAGGAAAACAAGCUACUGAUCAAAGAAAUCAAUGGCACUUAGAGGUGGACAACAUCUUUAACAAAAUUGAGUCACUGAUCCAAUCACUCAGAGAUCAUCAUAUUACAACUCUUCAAUCAUGCCAGUUCCAACUCAGAAUUCAGAAUUCCAGUAUGAGCCAAACUGUUCAAGAAAAAAAAGAAAUUCUUAAGUCUUACAAUGUUUCUGAUGUCACAAACUACAAAUCAAGACUGGAUGAAUACAAAACUAUUCCACAAAUACCUGAUUUACCAUUUCCCUCUCUUCAAACAAACACGGUCCAAGGGAGAGAAAUCAGUAUAGAGUUAGGAGAAUACAAGACUACACUGACACAGACAUCACUAUCCAGUCUGACAGAUGAAAUCUCCUUUUCAACAGUUAAGGAAUUAUUGGAAGAGGCCAGAGUGAUUGCAAACAUUCAAACAAAUGUUAAAAACUUAUUUAAAGUGGCCUGUGUGGGAUCGAAUAAGGCUUGGGUAAGUGGAAAAGACAAAAUGCUAACCUGUAUAGACUUACAUGGAGCUGUACAAGACACUGUCACCAGUACACGUGAGUUCUUCCCUAAUGAUAUUACAGUGAACACACAUGGAGAUGUAAUGUAUAGUGAUGGUCAUAAUACAACUGUGAACAUUGUCAGAGGUGGAAAGACAGAGACACUAAUCACAACACCAAUGGGCUGGCAUCCAACAGGACUGUGCUUUAACAGAUCAGGGGAAAUCCUAGUUGGUAUGUGUACUACUGAUUAUAAUCAAUUCAAAAUAGUUCGUUACCAAGGACAAAGAGUGAUACAGGUAAUAAAUAAAGAUGAACAUGGUGAUCAAAUCUAUCAAGGAGGGAAAUAUGUAAUUUAUGUCGUGGAGAACAACAAUGGAGACAUAGUGGCCUCUGAUCUUAAUGCUAGAGCACUGGUAGUGGUGGACAGGACAGGAAAAUUUAGAUUCAGAUACAACAACAAACCUCCAGGGGGAAAGAAACCAUUCUGUCCCAGACAAAUAGUAACAGACUCCAUGAGUCACAUCAUUGUGGCCGAUGAACGCAAUAACUGUUUACACAUUUUAGAUCAGAAUGGCCAGUUCCUAAGAUGUGUGGACAAACUAGGAGGAGAUAAACCUAUGGGACUGAGUAUUGACUGUGAAGGGAGGUUGUGGGUUGGAUUAUUUAGUUCCGGAGACGUUAAAGUGAUACAACACUUGAAAUAA